AUGUCGUCGCACGGCGAGCAAGCUCCCUCGACCAUCGUCGUCAUCGGAGCCGGUAUAAUUGGCCUCACAUGCGCCCUGCAGCUGCAAUCCGAGCUUUCCAGGCACAAGACAACACGACCCGUCUCAGUGCUGCUCGUCGCGCGCGAAUGGCCCUCCUCAAUCCCAGGUGCGCCAGCUCGGCACUCGGCCGACUAUGCCUCGAUGUGGGCUGGCGCGCAUGUCCGGCCCAUCCCGGCGACGACACCCCAGCUGCGUCGCGAGGCCGCCUGGCUGCGCCGCGCCGUGGCCGAGUUCUCACGCCAAGUCGAAGCCGAGCCGUGGUGCGGCGUCACAAGGACCCCUGGAGUGGAAUACCUCGAGGCGCCUGACCAGGGCUACCGGCAGCAGACCAAAGAAACCUUUGAGCGGGAAACGGGCUUGGGAGGGUAUCGCAAGCUGGCACCAGCGGAAGUGCCCGAGGGCGUCGUGCUGGCUUACGAGUAUGACACAUUUUGCAUCAACUCGCCGGUCUACUGCGAGCAUCUGCUGCGCAAGUUCCUCCUGCAAGGGGGGAAGACUUUGGAAAAGGAUCUGAGGAGCGAGUGGGAGGCCUUCACGCUUCGCAACGACGUAAUCCUGGUCGUCAAUGCCAGCGGCACCGGCUUUGGCGAUGCCAAGUCGUUUCCGACCCGAGGCCAAACGGUCGUGUCAAAUCUAUCCCACGUAACAAAGACGGUUACACGACAGAACAAGGAUGGCUCAUGGAGUUUCCUCAUCCCUCGUUUCCUCAACGGCGGCACCAUCGUCGGCGGCACAAAAGAGCCGGGCGACUGGCGGACGGAGCCUGAUCUGCCCACGCGGGAGCGACUCCUGUCGGCCGGUCUCACUCUGGAGCCGUACUCGCACGAUGGGCCGGCUCGCGACGCGGCAGAAACGGCGCGGAAUUGCCGGGUCAUAUCGGAUGUGGUCGGACGGCGACCGACUCGCGAAGGAGGCGUGAGGCUGGAAGUCGAAGAACGGCCGCUGGUCAAGCUGGGAAAUGCGCCGGCCAAGGGACGGGUCAUCCAUGCGUACGGUGCAGGCGGCCGUGGCUACGAGAUCAGUUGGGGCGUGGCGAGCGAGGUGGCUGACCUGGCGAUCCCGCUGCUACGGGCUGAGACACAGAUCAAGGGGAAGCUGUGA